GUAGGUAGGUAACCCGGGGAAACGAAUUAAAUAAUUCAACUACCGAGAAACAAUUUUACGCUUGUCCCUUUUUUUUUUUUUCACUUUAUUGUUCAUCCUUCUUUUUAAUAAUGAGUCUUCCAACAUGGGCUUCUGUAGUCAUAGGUCUGGGAGCAGCGACAUUACUUGCCCUGGUGGGUGAUUACGUAUACAGUAGUUUUACACGUGUGCCUUUCAAACCUGCUGGAAAACAUUGUUUUAUUACAGGUGGAAGUACAGGUCUUGGAAAGUCUUUGGCCAUCGAACUUGCUAAAGCGGGAGCCGAUAUUUGUAUUGUUGCUAGACGAGUGGCUGAAUUGGAAGCUGCAGUGACAGAAAUUAAGACCCAUGCUGUUAAUGAGAGUCAAAAAGUGAUUUAUGUCAGUGCCAACGUGACAGAUCAAAAAGAUGUAGUGCGUGCCUUUGAUGAAGCCAAUGUCAAGAUGGGACGUAACCCCGAUUUUGUGUGUGCUUGUGCUGGAGCCUCUUAUCCUAAAUUUUUCCUCGACCAUACCAUGGAUGACUUUGAAAAACUAACCACACUUAAUUAUCUUGGACAAGUCUAUGUUGCACACCAAGGUGCACAACGCAUGCGAGAUUCGAAUAUCAAGGGAGGUAAAAUUGUGUUUGUUUCAUCCAUGUUGGGUAUGCUGAGUUUUGCAGGAUGGUCAACGUAUGCACCUACGAAAUAUGCUGUGAAAGGAUUAGCAGAUACACUGCGUAAUGAGUUGAAACGAUAUGACAUUGGUGUCCAUAUUUUUUUCCCCGGUGGCAUUGAGAGUCCUGGUUUUGAUACGGAAAAUUUGACUAAACCAGAGAUCACCAAAGUGAUUGAAGGUGCUAAUACACCUCAGACAGGUACAGAAUGUGCCCAAUCAUUGAUGCAUGGAUUACGUAAAGGCUAUUAUAUGAUUGUGACAGAUGUCAUUGCCGAAGUGCUUCGUGCGGUCACUCGAGGUGUGAGUCCUACAAACAAUUUAGUUUUGGAUUAUAUCCUGGCUGUCAUCGGACAGCCUAUAGGAUCUGCUUAUGCCUUAUAUAUGGAUUAUGAGGUGAAAAAUGCAAAAUAUGAUUAAACCUCUCUAGUCGCUUUUUUCCUUCUUAUCCAAGUCGGCGAAUCCAAGGUUACUCAUAUCCUCGGGAUCCAUCAAACCACUAAUAAAUAAUUAAAUAAACAAAAAACAAAAAAAAAAGGGGGGAGGGGGCUCGGUAUAUGUGUGUGUGGGUGUAUAUAUAUACUUUACUUGUCCAUACGACAUUGAAGAUAAGCUUUUGAAAACUCUCUACAAAGACCAUUGUUGUUCUUGUUGGCUUUUAAACACUUUACAUAUUCCUUCAUCGAGAUCUUGCACUCACCAUCAUGAUCUAAAGGGAAACUUCCUAAUAAAGGAGCUUUUCCGGGUGAAGACUCAACAUUGGGUGGUCUACCGUAACUCAUUGCAAAUAAAAAAAAAAGAAAGAAAAAAAA